UAUGUCUUUAAUUGUUCUGAGAGCAAGCGAGUGAGAGAAGACUAAUGGCAAGGAUGAAAUGCACGGAGACUCUAUACUACACACUGAUUCUGCAUCUAUCGAUUGCUCUUGCAAUCCAAGCACGUCCUCUCUUGCAGAACCACCAUGAAAAACCCAGUUCCAAUAUCUUUGAUACUUCCAAGUAUGGUCUUCUUCAACUCAACAAUGGCUUGGCUCGAACUCCUCCCAUGGGAUGGAAUAGCUGGAAUUUCUUUGCAUGCAACAUUACUGAAAUAGUUAUCACGGAAACAGCUGAUGCACUUGUCACAACUAGUUUGGCUGAUUUAGGUUAUGUUUAUGUUAACAUAGAUGAUUGCUGGUCGGCUCAAGAACGAAAUUCAGAGGGUCAACUAGCCCCCGAUUCAGAAAGUUUUCCAUCGGGAAUUAAAUCUCUGGCUGACUAUGUACAUGAGAAAGGCCUCAAGCUUGGAAUUUAUUCUGAUGCUGGGAUGUAUACAUGUCAAGUUCGACCUGGAUCAAUUUACCAUGAAAAUGAUGAUGCAGAGCUCUUUGCCUCUUGGGGUGUGGAUUUUUUGAAGUAUGACAACUGUUACAAUCUAGGAAUCAAACCACAGGAAAGAUACCCGCCAAUGCGUGAUGCUCUAAAUGCAACUGGACGUACAAUUUUCUAUUCCAUUUGUGAAUGGGGUGUCGAUGACCCUGCCUUAUGGGCUGGCAAGCUUGGAAAUAGUUGGCGAACAACAGAUGACAUCAAUGAUACAUGGGCAAGCAUGACUGCCAUGGCUGAUGUUAAUGACAAAUGGGCGGCCUAUGCUGGUCCCGGUGGAUGGAAUGAUCCGGAUAUGUUAGAAGUUGGCAAUGGGGGUAUGACUUACCAGGAGUACCGAGCACAUUUUAGCAUUUGGGCUUUGAUGAAGGCUCCUCUUUUGAUUGGGUGUGAUGUAAGAAACAUGACUGCAGAAACAUUUGAAAUACUAAGCAAUACAGAGGUCAUCGCUGUGAACCAAGACCUACUUGGCAUUCAAGGGAGGAAAGUGCAACUUUCCGGAACAGAUGAUUGCCUUCAGGUUUGGGCUGGUCCUUUGACUGGACAUCGUCUGGCUGUUGUUCUUUGGAAUCGAUGUUCAGAAGCUGCAACUAUUACAGCUGCAUGGGAUGCACUUGGACUUGAAUCCUCUACUACCGUCUCUGUGAGAGAUUUGUGGAAGCAUCAAGAUGUGGGAGAUGCCGUGGCAUCAUUUAGUGCUCAAGUUGAUUCUCACAGCUGUGAGAUGUACAUUUUCACUCUCCAGACAGUGUCUCACUCUGAGAUUUAAGUUCAUGGUAUUACCAGCGGCCUCAUCCUUCGCUUGGCUCAACUUUGGGCAGCCGGGUCUAUACGUAUGAUGUUGUGCGUGUCUCUAAUCUCUAAAUAUAUUGCAGUUAGUAUUGUGCAUAGUUGUUAUGCUGCAUGAACAGUUUGUAACAUCUUACUCUGAAAUGUCGAAGAUAAUAAUGUGAAAUAUAUAUAUAUGUGGGACUCUAUAAAGAAUACUCUGAAUGAUAUUUGAUAUGUUCCUGUUGUGUGGUUGUUAUAUGGAAUAAUCAAAAUGCUGAAGAAAACAGGUGUUCAAGGAAA